AUGGGGUCAUCCAAAAAUGUAAUAAGUGAGCCUAUUGAUGUGGAGGAAGGCUAUAACAUGAUGGCUUCUUUCCAAAGAUCUAAUAGCCAUGACAAAGUGAGGAAAAUAGUUGCAGAAGAAGGACGUACAGCAAGGAACCUAAUUGCAUGGAGUGUUCCACUGGAAAACAAAGAAGAUGAUGGAAAAGCAAAAUGGCAAGCUGGUGGAAAAACAAAGAGGGUGACUCAAGGAACACAUAAGACUGCAAAACCGAGCACUACCAUAGACUGUAAAUUAACAUCAGCAGCAGCUGGUGAUAAAAACUUUGACAAAAGCCCAACAAAAACAAGACAGCCUCGGAAAGUUGAUCUGCGAGCUCGAUACUGGGCAUUUCUUUUUGACAAUCUCAGACGAGCAGUUGAUGAAAUCUAUGUUACAUGUGAAUCGGAUCAGAGUGUAGUAGAAUGCAAGGAAGUCCUGAUGAUGCUUGAUAACUAUGUAAGGGACUUCAAAGCGUUGAUUGACUGGAUACAGCUACAGGAGAAGCUAGAAAAAGCUGAUGCUCAAAGCAGACCUACUUCAUUAGCCUGGGAAGUAAAGAAAAUGUCUCCAGGACGCCAUGUGAUUCCAAGUCCAUCAACAGAUAGAAUUAGUGUGACAUCAAAUGCUCGAAGAAGCUUAAAUUUUGGGAACCCUGCAGUGACAAUUUCUGCAACACGCCUGGCUCCUUCUGGUGUAAGUUGGGCUGAUAAGGUAAAAGCCAAUCACGGAACUAAAGCUGCCAGUCCUGAGCUAGCAACAGCACAAACCUGUCUGCCACCUCCAGCGCAGAAGUCAUCGCGGAAAAAUGAUCGAAAGGAUGCAGAAGGCUGGGAAACAGUUCAGCGUGGAAGGCCCAUUCGAUCUCGGUCCACAGCUUUGGCAACAAAAACUGUAGCUGCAGAAUCACUGAAGUCCAAAGGUGACAGUGACAAAGAAAAUGUCAUUUCACCGCCAUCAGAGAAUAAGCGUGGGAGUUUGCUUACGGACAGUGGUGCAUCCAAAAGCAUGGAACUUGUACAGAAAGAUCCUUUACGUCAGUCUGAAGAUCCUGUUACUGAAAGGACUCAGUUCACAGCACAUGCCUCGGAAGAUGAUGGGAGCACUGGCACACCGUUGCAAGAAGAUUCCUUACAAACGGUUUCUGAGAUACCUCCAGUUCUCACUAAUACUGACUGUACUUCAAAAACUCUGCAGAUUGAUGAAGCUUCCUCCCUGAUCACUGAUACUAUAGACCAGCAUCAAACGGAAAGAGCUAAAACUGAAACUGAAAUGGAUCCCUCAGAUAUUUCAAAUGUGAGUGCUGCCAGAUUGUCUAUGGCAGAAGUCCUUGCUAAGAAAGAAGAGUUAGCAGAUCGCCUGGAAAAGGCAAAUGAAGAAGCCAUUGCUAGUGCUAUUGCAGAAGAAGAGCAAUUAACUAGAGAGAUUGAAGCAGAGGAAAACAAUGACAUUAAUAUUGAGACUGACAAUGACAGCGAUUUCUCUGCUAGUAUGGGCAAUGGGAGCAUAUCUUUCUGCGGUAUAUCUAUGGACUGGAAUGAUGUUCUGGCAGAUUAUGAAGCUCGUGAAUCAUGGCGCCAGAGUAAUUCUUGGGGAGACAGAGUGGAAGAAGAGCCUGCACGUCCACCUGGACAUGGAAUACACAUGCAUGAGAAACUGUCAUCUCCGUCACGCAAAAGAACGAUAGCAGAAUCCAAAAAGAAACAUGAAGAAAAACAAAUGAAAGCUCAACAGCUGAGAGAAAAGUUACGUGAAGAAAAGACAUUGAAGCUUCAAAAAUUAAUGGAGAGGGAGAAAGAUGUACGGAAAUGGAAAGAAGAAUUAUUAGAUCAAAGGCGCAGGAUGAUGGAGGAAAAGUUACUCCAUGCAGAAUUUAAACGUGAAGUGCAGCUACAAGCAAUUGUGAAAAAAGCACAAGAGGAAGAAGCUAAGGUAAAUGAGAUCGCAUUUAUAAACACCUUAGAAGCUCAGAACAAACGUCACGAUGUGUUGAAUAAACUAAAAGAGUAUGAACAACGGUUAAAUGAAUUAAAAAAAAAACGAAGACAAGAGGAAAAACAAGCACGUGAUGAAGCAGUUCAGGAGCGCAAAAGAGCCCUGGAAGCAGAACGACAAGCCAGAGUUGAGGAGCUGCUGAUGAAGAGAAAAGAGCAAGAAGCACGGAUUGAGCAGCAGAGGCAAGAGAAAGAAAAAGCACGAGAAGAUGCAGCACGGGAGAGGGCCAGAGAUCGAGAAGAGAGGUUGGCAGCUCUUACUGCAGCUCAACAAGAAGCCAUGGAAGAACUGCAGAAGAAGAUUCAACUGAAGCAUGAUGAAAGUAUUAGAAGGCACAUGGAACAAAUUGAGCAAAGAAAAGAGAAAGCAGCUGAAUUAAGUAGUGGAAGACAUGCUAAUACUGAUUAUGCACCAAAACUUACACCAUAUGAACGGAAAAAACAGUGCUCAUUAUGCAAUGUAAUGAUUUCAUCAGAAGUAUACCUUUUUAGCCACAUUAAAGGGAAAAAACACCAACAAGCUGUGAGAGAAAACAGUAGUAUACAAGGACGAGAGCUUUCAGAUGAAGAAGUGGAGCACCUGUCAUUAAAAAAGUACAUUGUGGAUAUUGUGAUUGAGAGUUCUGUUCCUGUGGAACCAUUAAAAGAUGGAGAGGAGAAACAAAAAACUAAAAAGAAAGCCAAAAAGCUAAAGGCACGAAUGAAUUCCAGGGCAAAGGAAUAUGAGAGUUUGAUGGAAACAAAAAGUGCUGUCUCUGAUUCCCCAUUUAAAGCCAAGUUACAACGAUUAGCAAAAGACCUUUUAAAGCACCUCCAAAUGCAGGACAGCUGUUCGCUGGGGAACAACAAGGUUUCUGCUCUGGACAGGACUUUAGGAGAGAUCUCUCGUAUUCUGGAAAAAGAGAACACAGCAGAUCAAAUAGCGUUUAGGGCUGCAGGAGGACUGACUGCCCUUGAAAAUGUUCUUCAAGUGGUGACUUCUCCCACCAACCUGAAUGCGAUUUCACGGAUUCCUUUUAAGUCACUCUGCAAUACAGUAAAUGCUUACAGCCUCACCUGCAGUAAUUGUGCAGAAAACUGCACCUAUGUUCUUUUUAGUAAUAAGAUCACUUUUCUAAUGGACCUGUUGGUACACCAGUUUACGGUUAGUGUUCCAGAUGACCAUAAUGCUACUUCAGGCAGAAGUGCAAAUAAGCAGGUAUUUGAAGGUUUAACGACAGGACUUCUGAGGAUAACUGCUGUGAUUUUUAGAUGUCUAAUCUCCAGCUUCCCAGAUGGAAACAACCACUCUACUGCACUGAAGAUCUUACAGGAAGUGAAAAGUAAAUCCUCACAAGUGGAAGCUUUCAACAGCAGAGUCCAAGACUUAAUCAG